UCUAUGCGGAAGAUAUGAAGUGACGCAACUAGCUAGCAAGACCGCUAGAACGGAGGAUAUUGAGACUCCAGGAGGCAACAGCUUCAUUUAAACUUUAGUUUUCAGAAAAUGAACCAUACGGACACAUAACGAAGCGUCCUGUUCGCUCCGACGAUGCUGUGUUUGGGUGUUAAUGCCGUGCGGUCGUCGGCGUCUUUACAGAAGCUGUGUGUCCUCUCCCUGUUACACUCGAGACUUUAUCAGUUCUGUCGUUGUCCUCGGCAGUCAUGGAAGAGUUGCCUUCACAGUGGGAUCAUUCGCCACUUAACAACUGGACCAGAUUCACCUCCUCGAACACUGCCUGACUCCUCUGAGUGUGCCGACACACAACAAAGCCACAGUUCGUCUGAUUGGUCCCCUGAUCAGGGUCCUCCGCCUGCUCCAACCCACUGCUGUAUGAGCGGCUGCCACAACUGUGUCUGGAUCGAACACGCUGAGCAGCUGCUGGCGUAUUAUCACGAUGGCGGCGACCGAGCGCUUGCCGCUAUCGAGGAGAACGUCCUCGACGAGAACCUCAAAACCUACCUAAAGAUGGAGAUCAGACUCUUAAAAAAGACAUGAUGCACCACUGCCUCAACUGCACUGCUGACAGGAGUCACUGUUAUGAGCAUUGUUAUGUUAGAACCACAAACCGAAGUCCUGACCGACUGUAAGCACUUAAAGCAAGACUGUUGUUCCUCCAGAGUCCCUCCCUCCUUCUUUGAGUCACAAAGCCUCAGAAAACUGACACAGAAGCUACCAACUAACAAUCUAUUACUGUAGCUUUGUCCAUCAUUUCUGUCAGUUACAAUAAUACUGCACCUCCAUGAAGUCAUUGAUCAAAUUUGUGACGUUCUUACAAAGUCCAGCAGAUCAUUUCUCCGGUGAUUAUAAUUGAUAGGAACAAUGCCAAAAACUGCAGAACUGGGUUGUUUAAAAGUGGAAAUGAUCUCCAGGUCUCCACUGAAAAACAGAACUUGCAAUGUUUCACAUUUCAUAAACUCCUGAAUUGUGCUCACAUUAUUCUAUUUUAGUCUGCAAGUGGUGAAGAGACAAAAAGAAAAUCUGCAUCAAUCAUUUAUUGUCAUUUUCUGUUAGUCACAAAGUACAUUUGCACAUUUUUUUUUUAUUAUUAUUAGUUUGAAGUUUUAACUGAAGUAUUCAAAGUACAUUUUAUGUGUCUACUGAUCAUUUGCUUUACUGUAUUUAAGUCUAUUUAAAUUACGUGUUUGAAAAUUGUUUGUUAAAUUAAAGUUCUUUCUAUUGAAUUUAAA